CAGACCCUAAGCUCGAUACCCACCCUUGUCGGACCCUGCAUUCACUAUAUCCGCUCUCCCCGGACCCUGCAUUCACUAUAUCCGCUCUCCCGGACCCUGCAUUCACUAUAUCCGCUCUCCCGGACCCCGCACUAUCCGCUCUCCCCGGACCCCGCGUUCACUAUAUCCGCUCCCCCCGGACCCCGCGUUCACUAUAUCCGCUCUCCCCGGACCCCGCAUUCACUAUAUCCGCUCUCCCCGGACCCCGCAUUCACUAUAUCCGGUCUCCCGGACCCCGCAUUCACUAUAUCCGGUCUC